AUGUCGGAGGGCACAAGCCAGGAGCAGUCGCGAUUAUGGCGCAUUCUACGAACAACUAAGCAGAUGUGCUACGAUCGGGGCUACGAACUCACAGAAGAAGAAUGCAACAUUUCCCUCGCCGACUUCAAGCUCCAAUAUGUCGACGAGUCCGGCGCACCACAACGAACACGCAUGGCCUUCACCGCCCGCCCAACACCAGAAAUGCUGAAGAAAUACACACCUUUGCCUCGCCCCGGAAACCCAGAGCCAUCAGCAGACAUCGGCAUCAUCCACGUCGAAUUUGCAUCGGAACCAAGCAUAGGCAUCAAGCACCUCAAGGCUUUCGCGCAACUGCUUCAUGAGAAGAAUUACCACACCGGCAUGUACGUCACACAAGCUGCACCUACAUCGUCCGCGCUCAAGAUUAUCCCAUCCAUUCUACCUACUGUUAUGGAGAUUUUCCGUGAGGAGGACCUGCUGGUAAAUAUUAGUCGGCACGAGCUGGUGCCGAAGCACACCCUGCUCAGUCCCGAAGACAAGAAGCGCUUGUUAGAGAGGUACAGGUUGAAGGAGACGCAGCUGCCGCGGAUUAGGAUGGAUGAUCCGAUGGCGAGAUAUCUCGGGUUGAAGAGAGGGCAGGUUGUGAAGAUCAUCCGGAAAUCCGAGACUGCUGGGCGGUAUGCCAGCUACAGAUGGGUCGUCUAG